UCGGCUCCGGGCGCUGAUCCCCGGCGCGGCCAUGCUGCGGGGACACGGAGGCUGCGGCUCGGCCUGACGCCGCCCCCAGCUCCCCGGCGGCGGCUCCGACGCAGCCCGGCCGGAUGGAGGCUCCAGGUGGGGCGGGGACCCCAGAACGGGUGAAAGAAGCCCAAACACUGGAGCGAGCCGCAGGCAUCCCGGCACAUGGGCCGGUGGAGGAGCCUCCCAGCCCCCCUGCCGAGGAGCAAGGCGGGAUCCCCAUCCCCAGCUCGGGCCUGCUGCAGGUCGCCGAACGGAGACAGCCCCUGAGCAGUGUGUCCUCCCUGGAGGUGCACUUCGACAUGCUGGAUCUGACCGAGCUGACGGACAUGUCGGACCAGGAGCCCGCCGAGGUCUUCGCCGACUCCGACGACGAGAACGUAGCCAGCGAGUCCCCUGCCGGUCUGCACCCGCACCCCAUCCCUCGGGCAGGGUACCGGCGAUCCCCCUCCUGGACAAGGACCAAAGGCGAGCAGGGGCGGGAGAAGAAACACCUCAGUGACUCGGAGCUGCAAGCAGGCGUUGGCGACACGUUCCUGGUGGGGGAGAGGCCCCAGGAGGAAUAGGGGGCUGGGAGCCAUGGUGCCCCUCACCCCCAAUUCCAGACUGUUUGUGACUUAACAGACCCCUGCACCUAGAGAGAUGUGCAAAUGCUGCUGGCUCCAUGUAACACAAAGCUCCCCCCUUAGUACAGCCACAGGAUGUGGAGCAGCUGUGUGAGGGCGCUGGCCAUGCUGGGCAAGAAAUUCCAGGGCGGGGGACACAGAUCAUCAUCACACCAUCUUAGCACUUUUUUAACCCUUUCUUGCUCAUUCUGCACAAAACCUGGCCAGGCCAGCAGUAGUGAGAGCCGCCAAGGGAUUGUGCUGAGCAGGGCCCAGGGCCAGGAGGGAGCCUGGCUGCACAGAAGGGAAAAGCAGGUUUGGAGAGAAUUGUGUCUUUCUGGAGAACAACCCUCCUGCUGCAGGCAGAGUUCGGAUAGGGGGGAAGCCCCCUCUCAUCCCCCAGGGCAGGGGGAGGUAACAUCCAAGGAACCUGAGAGCAAACAGCCACACUGGUUCUUCCCCAAUGAAGUGCUGCAGCUCAGAGCAGAACCCAGCUGCCUGGGAGCUGCCGGCCAAGGCAGGAUCUAGCCACCACCUUCUAGAAGCACAUUCCCUUCCCCAUGGCCUUACGCCUGUACGGGCUCUAGCUCUGGUGUAAGAGCAGCACUGCUGGAGAUGCCAACCCAGGAACAGCAGCCUGUGCUCAUGCUCCAUCGUGCGCCUGCACCAGGAACUCUGCAGUGGGACUGGCACGUGUUAACUCACGGGCCUGCGAGGAACCCGUGGGUCUGAAUUAUGACAACUGCUUUGCCAUCAUUACAAGGAACCCCAGUUCCAUCUCCGGAAGCAGCGAGGGCCACUGCCCAGUUCCUGGGGAGCACCCUGGGGCCGAGGGCAGUUGGACAGACGGCUUUCAGCAGUAGAACCGGACUAGGCUGAAGCAAGCUGGACCAUGAGCCCAGUGUACAGAUCCUGCU